AUGCAAAAAGAUGCAGACGAUCUUAGCGGAGCGAAGCUGGAAAAUGUGAUUAUGGAUAUUAUUCAUAAUGCGGCGGUUGUGGAGGAGUUGGUGGAGAAGAGGGUUGGUGAUAAGGAGGAUUGGGGAUGGUUCAAGCAGCUAAGAUUCUAUUCAACCCAGGGUGGAAGAGGAGGGGACGUUUAUGUGAAGAUGCUUGCAUGUCGUCAGGAAUACUCCUUUGAAUAUCAA